AUGAGCGUGCCCGAAACCUAUGUGAUAUCUCGAUUAAAGUCGGAGAAGGUUGUCACAUAUGUUACACCCCAGGGGAAGGGCGUACAUGUAACCAGAGAAGUAUAUUUGCGUAAAAAUAUACCUUGUCGUGUGCAAUUGUGCUCCAACAGUGAAUGCCAUCCCGAACUUCGGCACAUUGUAAUUGUUGAUGGAUUUUAUGCUCUCAAUUACUGGGAAAUCUUUGAGUCUGUAGAAAUUCGGGGCAUCGUUGUGACCUUAUCCUCGCUCUGCUAUGCUCAACAACAGGCACUGUCAAAGGCUGUGUAUAAUCGAAUUCGAGCUUGUUUGUCUGAUCCAGCUCAGUGUUGCGUAUUGUUCGACAACGAGUUUCAUGCGGACUGCUUUCGGCAAUCUUGUCCUGGUGAAUCUGCUCUGGACUACACCACUCGUCUUAACUGGAUUGCUGCUCAGUGGUAUCGGAGUCACUUGAGGAAGAAGGUUGAUGUUAUCCUCCUUACAGACAACGCUGAAGUUGCUCUUGAGUUAGCUAGAAGAGAUCCAUCUAACUCUGGAGCCUUGAUAAUGGAUCUGUCCACUUAUCUUCAAACUCAUCAUUCAGAUCUAAUUACAGUUCGCCAGCUCUAUGAUUCUCUCAGUGCCUCAUUGAAAUCUAGCUAUGGUAAACAAAAUGAAUUGACGUCUACUACAGCUGCGGCAUCAACAUCUUCAAGUCUACCUGCGCAGCCUGCACCUGGUGACAUUUAUCCUGCUCACCUUCCAGAAUCUGCUCUCAUUGCUGGGAUCCGGUCGGGUCAGUUUCUUCAGGGUGUACUAAGAGUCUCUCGUUUUCGUUCCUCUACGGAAGCAGUUGUCGUGCUCACCGACGCUAGUGCUCUUAAACACCAAGCAGACAUCCAGGACACGGAGUUUGCAUCACGCUCCGAGUUGGCGAUAAACGGAAUGGCGCAUCGAAAUCGUGCAGUCGACGGAGAUAUUGUAGUAGUUCGGUUGUUGCCACGAAAUCUGUGGACUACGGUUUCAAGUAAUCUGAUGCCUUCCGAAGCAGGCGUAACGGAGGCAAUGGUUUCAGCCCUGGACAAUGCUGGUGCAGUGGACGAAAGGGGCGAGGCCGAAUCAAAAGUCGGUGGUAUUGGCGGGGAUAUCACAGUCCAGUCCGUCCCUACCUCCGGUUUGCCCUGUGCUUUUGUGGUCGGCGUUUUAACUCGAAAUUGGCGCGAUUAUGUUUGUUCCUACAUGUCGCGUGAGGGACAAGAGGACAAAAGUACUUCACUCUCUUCUACUCCCGGUUGGAUAGUAGCUACUCCCUGGGACAGACGCAUACCCCGCGUUCGUAUCUUCACUACUGAGCCUUUAAAAUUGGCUGGAAUUAGAUUUGUUGUCCGAAUGGACCGUUGGGACGCCAAUUCCAACUAUCCUAGUGGUCACUUCGUCCAAUCUCUCGGCCCAAUAGGCGACCUAGAGACAGAGACGCAGACCAUCCUCGUGGAACACGGUCUAGCCUACCGGCCAUUUACAGACAUCCAGUUGGGUGAACUGAAACAUCUCGCUGCUGCUCGUGGUGUCUGGCGAGUUGAUCCUGCGGAGGUUGCACAUCGGCGUGAUCUCCGUUCCCCAUCUGUUUCUGGCAAUCCUCUCUCUGAGGAUACUCUUGUCUUCUCCAUUGAUCCACCUGGUUGUGAAGAUGUCGAUGAUGCUCUCUCCGUCCGUUUGCUUGGAAGUGCGAUCGAAGAUAUCUCUGCAAGGCGUAUCCAACUUGGUGUGCACAUUGCUGAUGUGACUUACUUCGUCAAAUCGAAUGGUAAUCUUGAUGCCGAGGCAAAGAGACGUUCCACCUCGGUUUAUCUUGCUGAUCGUCGUUAUGAUAUGUUACCAGGCAUUCUGAGUGGCGAUAUUUGUUCCCUCUGGAGCGGAGUCGAUCGGCAAGUUAUUUGUUCUUUCUUAACGAUGUUCGAGGUGACAUUCAACACGGUUACUAAUGUCACAUUCUGUUGGAUUCCGACUAGCGUUCAGUACGCGGUGAGCGUGAUAUGGGAGCUGGAUCCAGUCAGUCUGGAAGUGCUAGACGUCUGGUAUGGACGCACUGUCAUCCGCUCUGCCUACAAAAUGACUUACCAGGCCGCACAAACUAUUGCAGAUCUCAAAGAUGUCGGGACGGAAAUGGAACCCAAUGGGGCGAAAAUCCUUUCUGGUUUGGGAGGUUUGAAGGAGGUUGGUGAACUCAUCCCGGAACUUGCGAACCAAUCAAAGGCCAAAGUUCUUCCUUGUUUGGCAAGCCUCUACUCAGCUAUAUGCAUGCUUAUUCGUAUCGCCUCACAUAUCCGUCACCUCAGAAUCGAUCAAGGUGGUCUUGAAUUGGAUUCUGUUGAGGUUUCUGUUAAAUUUGAGAACCCAAAGGAGCGAACGGGAGCUCUAGAAGACAUAAUACCGAAGGAGACAUUGGAAAUGCAUUCCACUGUGGCGGAAAUGAUGAUUUUUGCCAAUCAUUGGGUUGCGAGGCAGUGUCUCAAGGUUUUCCCUGAACGAUCAUGCCUACGACGGCACCCACCUCCACGACCAGAGUUUUUUGACGAUCUGAAACGUUGUGCCGCUUCCCGUGGCUUUCAGUUGGAGGUUGGAUCCAACAGGGCUUUGUCUGCAUCACUUGCCAGGUGUGUGGACCCUGCAGAUCCCGAAGUGAAUAGUAUGCUACGUCAGUUGGCGACCAGGGCGAUGACUAACGCUCUGUACUUCUCAAGUGGAUCGGAGGAUUUGACACGAGAUCUAUUCGGUCACUACGGUCUGGCUUUGAAUCUCUACACUCACUUUACUUCGCCUAUUCGUCGCUAUGCGGACAUUGUUGUUCACCGCAUUCUUCUGGCAGCCAUUGAGCACUCUACCACCGUACAAAUUGCACCGACACCUCCCAAGGGACUGUGUGAACACGAUGAAUUGGUGGUCAUAUGUCGGCACAUGAAUGAGCGUCAUUGGGCAGCCCAGCAGGCACAGCGCAGUUCUAUCGAACUCUUCCAAGCUCUCUUCUUUCGAGACAAAUCGGAGGACGAUGCUUGUCGCUAUGCCGAUGCCAUCAUUUAUCAACUUCGGGGCUUAAAUGGCUUUUCUGUUAUGGUACCAAGGUACGGUCUUCGAGGUAACGUGUGCCUCAAGCGUGCGGAUGGUGGAAUUGCCUGGUUGUCUGACGCCAAAACAGGUCGUAUCAUCUGGCUACCACCGGAUGUGCCUUGUGAGAUUGUUCGCAGUCCUGUUCCCUCGACCACAGGACCACUGGGACAUCUACAAUGUGAUCAACUAGAGGUAGUUAAACCUGAUGGAGCACGUCAAAGCUACCGAGUUUUUGAUCACGUUACCGUGUAUAUUACAACAUUUGAAUCCACCGCUCAUGGUCUAAGCCUUCGGCUAGAGCUAUAUGCAAAGGCGUCCAAGGGACGAAAAAGGGGGAAAAUUGAGCUUCCACGGCCGAUUGUCGGAGAUGAUAGUGGCUAUAAAAUGCAUGCAGACGUGGAGAUGGUUGAGAGUGUUCGAGCGAUGGAUAUAGACAAGAGGAAGAAGCGAAAGAAGGAGAAUGAGAAGGAAGGAGGUGAGCUAAUCACGGAGGAUUUUGACGAACCGGAGAAAGUGAAUGAGCAGAGGGCGGUGAUUGCUCAGUUGCACACCGCGUCCUCGUUUUAUCAUCAGUUCCGCGAACUCCUACGCUCUGGAAGUGGUGGCUGUAAAGGGAAUGAUAGUAUUCCUUGA